AUGACUAAAAAUAGGCCAGCCAGACAGAAGGGGCAGAGCAGUGUAAAGAGGAAGGCUAUUACUGCGCUUGCUCGCUCUCAGCACAAAUAUUGGCAGAGUCCACACCAGACCCUGGGCCGGAUAAAUAUACCAGUGCCAGUCCGUCAGUCGAGCACUGGACGGUCCAGCAUUGGUCAGUCGAGCACUGGACGGUCCAGCAUUGGUCAGUCGAGCACUGGACGGUCCAGCAUUGGUCAGUCGAGCACUGGACGGUCCAGCAUUGGUCAGUCGAGCACUGGACGGUCCAGCAUUGGUCAGUCGAGCACUGGACGGUCCAGCAUUGGUCAGUCGAGCACUGGACGGUCCAGCAUUGGUCAGUCGAGCACUGGACGGUCCAGCAUUGGUCAGUCGAGCACUGGACGGUCCAGCAUUGGUCAGUCGAGCACUGGACGGUCCAGCAUUGGUCAGUCGAGCACUGGACGGUCCAGCAUUGGUCAGUCGAGCACUGGACGGUCCAGCAUUGGUCAGUCGAGCACUGGACGGUCCAGCAUUGGUCAGUCGAGCACUGGACGGUCCAGCAUUGGUCAGUCGAGCACUGGACGGUCCAGCAUUGGUCUGUCGAGCACUGGACGGUCCAGCAUUGGUCUGUCGAGCACUGGACGGUCCAGCAUUGGUCUCGAGUAUAGGACUGUGCAAUAUUGA